GUGUAACUCGGAUGAAUUAAAUGCACUUAGAUUGUAUGUAAAUCUAUUGUUAUCUCCGUCACGUCGACUCACAUUGGUGACACGUAAUGGAAACGCACCCGAACGAUCCACAAUCAAAACCCAGUAGUAAUAAGAACAAAUUUUUCCCUUUUACCAUUUGCUUCGAGAGCGACACGGAACUGGGAUGCGAUUAAUUGUUCUAUAAAACAAUAGUUUCAUUUAUACUACGUGUUAAAGUGUUUGUUAAUAGUCUAGAAAUAUUUCAAAUUCGAAGAAAAUAUGAGCCGAUCUAAAGAUAAAAAGUUGAGCAACAUUGAAGUGCGUCUGAAGGAAAGAGAACGUCUUUUAAAAACAUUAUCGAAAACGGACGAAACUACCGAUGUCUUUCAAAAGUCCAUGGGAGUUUUCGGUCGCUGGCAUCUAUGGAUAUGUUUCAUCAUCUUUCUGGUCAAGUUUCCGGUGGCAUGGCAUCAGUUAAAUAUCGUUAUCAUUGCCCCAGCGCAGAAUUUCUCAUGUAUUGAUAAUGUGGAUCGAUGUGCUGCUAAUUGUACUAAACACAUUUUUGAUGAUUCUAUCUUUACGGAUACAAUAAUCUCCCAAUGGGACCUGGUUUGUGAUAGAGCAUAUUUGGCUAACAUGGCGCAGACUUUCACCAUGUUUGGAAUUUUGGUUGGCAACGCAUUCUUCGGUUUCUGGUCUGAUCGAUCAGGGCGAAGUAAACCAAUGAUCGUAGCGGUGAUCAUCCAAGUGAUUUCCGGCUCGCUGUGCGCUUUCGUUCCAUGGUUAUGGGCGUUUUUGCUGUUACGUUUUGUCGUUGCUACAGCUACUGGCGGUACCAUGGUCACAAGUUUUGUUCUCGUAAUGGAACUAAUUGGUACAAAAUGGCGAUGCACAGUAGCAACACUCUAUCAAAUCCCUUUCAAUCUGGGUCAUUUGACCUUGGCACUGUUUGGAUAUUUAUUCAGAGACUGGCGUUAUUCUCAACUAGCGAUCUCAUUACCUUCGAUUAUCUUGAUAUCUUAUUUCUGGUUGCUACCAGAAUCACCAAGAUGGCUGCUCGCUGCCGGUGAGGUCGAGAAAGCAACCAAAAUUCUCGAAACCGCCGCAAAACACAACAAUCUUCCGGUGGAGAGCAUUGCACAGGAAGUGAAAACAUACGCUGAAAAGAAACAAAACGAGACACAGGCACGCGGACGUGCCGUUGAUUUGUUUAACACUAGAGUUAUGUGUUUGCGUACUUGUUGCAUUGGAUUCAACUGGAUCGUCUGCGGUUUGUGUUUCUUUGGCGUCGCACAGUACGUGGGUCAACUGGGUGGUAAUCUUUUCUGGAAUAUUGCCGCAUCGGCAGCAAUCCAAGUACCUGGAACUUGCAUUUCCAUCUUACUUUUGGAGAAAUUAGGCCGCAAACCUACACUUAUUCUUUCCAACUGUGUCGCUGGCAUUUUUAUGUUGCUCAUUCCGUUUGUAGAGGAACAUUCUCAUUGGAGAGUGAUCCUUGCUGUAGUUGCCAUGUUUGGAAUAUCAAUUUCUUUCCCAUCGGUUUACUUGUUUUCGGGUGAAGUCUUCCCAACAGUGGUCCGUAAUUUGGGAGUUGGUAUAACAUCCAUGAUGGCUCGUUUCGGAUCGAUUGCAGCGCCACACAUCAGUACUUUGGGUGCGUACGGAGCUGCUCCAUGGGUUGUUCCAGUGAUAUUUGGUGUAGCACCUUUGAUUGGUGCUAUUUUGGUAUUAUGGCUUCCAGAGACCAGAAAUACCAAAUUGCCUGAUACUUUAGAAGAAGCUGCUAAUUUUGGCAAGAAGAAUAAAUGCGAAGCGCUUAAAGGCGUUGCAUAAAUUAAUUAUUAUAAGUAAUUAAAUUACAAACAUAUGUACAGACAACAUUGUGCAAUUUUGUUUAUGUGAUAGCGUAAGUUCAUUUAUAUAGCAAAAUUGUAUGCCAUUUGCAAAUAUAUUUAUUUUUUAUUAUCGA